AUGGCCGAAUCCGUCCCCAUCUCAAAAGCUGCGUCGAUUACCGAGGUGUCGCUUCCAACAAGCGAGCCGGGCCCGAUCAAGCGGACAUGGUACAAAACGACCCUCUUCAAUGCUUUCGUGAUCGGUGGGGUAGGAUUUCUUGCUCCCGGCCUUUGGAACGCCAUGAACAGUCUGGGUGCAGGCGGCGCACAAUCACCAUACCUGGUCAACGCCGCCAACGCUCUAGUGUUUGGACUGAUGGGAUUCCUUUGUCUCUUUGGCGGACCUGUGGCGAAUCGUAUCGGACUCUCUUGGACACUCUUCAUCGGAGCAAUCGGGUACCCCAUCUACAGUGCUGGCCUGUACUGCAACAAUCGAUUUGGCAACGAAUGGCUGGUCUUGGUCGGAGCAGCGACUUGCGGCAUCUCCGCCGGCCUCUUCUGGGCGAGUGAAGGGACCGUCGCACUCGGAUAUCCGGAGCCAAGCAAACGUGGGAGAUACAUGAACAUCUGGUUGUGGUUCCGCACGAGUGGGCCGCUUCUGGGAGGUAUCAUCGUACUGGCACUGAACAACGAUGCCGAGGCCAAGAAGAAGGGAAAGGUCGGGUAUCAGACGUAUUUGGUAUUCACUGCUCUGCAGUGUCUGGCGGCACCCAUAGCUCUGCUUCUCACGCCGCCAGAGAAAGUUCAGCGUGCAGACGGCAGCAAAGUGAUCGUGCGCGCAGAGAAAAGCUUCAAAGCGGAAUUUGUGGCGCUCAAGAAUGUCUGCAUGCGAAAGAACAUCCUCCUUCUGCUACCGAUCUUCUGGGCUGCGUACUUCAAUCAGUACAACGGCAACUUCACCGUGUACUAUUUCGGUGUGCGCGCCAGAGCCUUGAUCGGGCUGACCAGCUACCUCGGUGCUCUGGUUUCCUCGCAAAUCAUUUCGACCCUUCUGGACUACAAAGGCUUGUCGGUGAAGCGAAGGAUCGAGUACGGUUUCUUCUACGUCGUCUUCCUUCAUGUUGUGGCAUGGACUUAUGCCUGGGUCGUUCAAGAGCAGUUCACUCGUACCGAGCCUGUCUACGACUGGGCCGAUGCCGGCUUUGUCAAAGGCUUCUUCGUUGUGAUCUUGUGGCAAUUCAGCCAACAAGCUUUGCAAAACUGGCUAUACUAUCUGCUCUCGACUAGCACUGACAAUAUCUCCGAGAUGGCUCGCUUCUCUGGCAUCCUGAGAGGUCAAGAAAGCUUUGCGCAGGCAAUCUCAUACGGUAUCAACACCCAGAACUGGAAAGGAGGCCGGGUCCCAAUGGGAAUCAACACCGGAUUGCUCGUGCUCGCGGUCGUUCCCACUUGGCUAGUCGUGCGAGAUCACGUCCCGCAGGUAGGAGACAAGCACGCCGCAUUGGACGAGGAACUUGUGGCAGCAUCCGAGAACAGCGUCAAGUAG